CCUUGGAAACCCGGUGGGGCAUCUCUACUCUGUCCUAUAGGGUUGCUAUGAGUCGGAAUUGACUCGACAGCAACAAGUUUGGUUUUUUCAGUUUUCAUGUAUGGUAAUUUGUUAUAACAGCCACAAGAAAGGAACACAGGUAGCAUGAGAAGAUUCAUGUGAUGACGGAAUAGUUAUGAGUAUCUUGAUUGUGGUGAUACAGGAAUCUACGCAUGUGAUAAAGUGACUCAGAACUAUACACACACAUUGCACCAAUGUUAAAUUCCUAGUUUUUAUAUUGUACUAUAAUUAUGUAAAAUCUCAUUUUCUUCAGAGGAAACUAAGUGAAGGGUACAGACAGGUCCUCCCUGUACUAUUUUUUGGAAAUUCUUGUGACUCUAUAUUAACUUCAACAUAAAAACUUAAAUAGAUAACUCUGUUCAUUCUGAACAAACAAGACUGUUGCAAGGGCUAUGCAGAGACCCAAAACCAGUAGAAUGGCUGCAUAUUGAGGAAGCCUUCUAUUACACAAGAUCCCACCUUCCUUUAUCAAAAAGAUUUAAGACUCUCCCUCAAGGAGGUUUUCAGCAGAAAUACCAGCAAUGCCAAACAAAUACUUAACAGUAGAACUGUGAGUUCUGGGAACCAUAGGCAUUUUAGGCGGAAGAGAGCAUCCAGUCAUCUGUUUCAUAAAUUACUUCAUCUAGGUCACGAGUCAUACGUAAAAAGGAAGUCUUUCUGAAUCCCACAGACCAAGAUCAGAAGUCCUCAGUGCUGGGCUUGCUCGUCUUCUCAACAUGAGCAGCCGGGAUCUAAGGUUGCUGCCAUCACUCUGCCUCUUGCUGACACUGUCAGGAGCCGGAUCCCAGAAAGCUUCUUAUGCACCAUGGUGUCCCCCAAACUCCACAUGCGAUAGUGCCACCACCUGUCGCUGUGAUCCAGGAUUCAGUUCUCCAUCUGGGGAGAUCAUCACCAGCCCCACAGAGUUCUGUGAUGAAAUCAACGAGUGUGCACCACCUGCGACAGUGUCCUGUGGAAAAUUCGCCGACUGCCAAAACGCGGAGGGGAGUUACUACUGCAUGUGCAGCCCAGGAUACGAGCUCGCUGCUGGGGGAAAAAGGUUCAGGAAUGAGAGUGAGAACACGUGUCAAGAUGUGAAUGAAUGUUCCUUGAAGCAAAACCCAUGCCACAACACCACCCACUGCCUCAACACUGUGGGUGGCUAUAAAUGCCGCUGCAGACCUGGCUGGAAGCCGAUACCUGGGUCACCCAAUGGCCCAAACAACACCGUUUGUGAAGAGAUGUCCUUCCCCUCCUGGACCCGGCCCUCUGGAGUCAGCAGCCAGAGCCUCUCCCGCUUCUUUGACAAAGUUCAGGAUCUGGGCAGAGACUUCAAGCCAGACUCAGCUCAUUACACCAUCAAGAACCUCACAUGGGAGGUGGAUGAGCUGCUGGAGACCCCCGGGGACCUGGAGAACCUGUCUCACUCAGAGCAGCACUGUGUGGCCACUAACCUGCUUGAUGGCCUGGAGAAUGUCCUGAAAGUCCUGAGCAAGUUCCUGCCCAAAGGGCCCCUAACCCUGCGUGCUCGUGCAGGCACAGACCUGUCUCUGGAUGUGAUGGAGCAAAGAGUCAGGGAAGUCACCUUAGGCCAGAAUUACACAAGGAUGUUGCUGAAAUGGGACACAGAACAAGAACCUAAAGACUCUGACCCUUUUGUGGUGGGCCUGGUCUCCAUUCCAGGGAUUGGCAAGCUGCUGGCUGAGGCGGCUCUACAUGAGACACACAAGAGCUUGCAGUGGGGAGUCUCCUCCAUCCUACUCUCAGAUGUCAACUCUGCCUUUCUGAGCAACAGUGACACUCAGAAGCUCAGCUCCCCAGUCACCUUUAUCUUCUCCCACCAUCCAGUGACACUUGGGCCAGGGCAGAAGGUGCUCUGUGUCUUCUGGGAGCAUAGGAAACAUGGAUGUGGUCACUGGGCCACCACAGGCUGCAGGACAGUGAGCACUGAAGACACCAACACCACCUGCCACUGCACCCACCUCAGCAGCUUUGCUGUCCUUAUGGCCCAGUAUGAUGUGCAGGAGGAAGACCCCGUGCUGACUGUGAUCACCUACAUGGGGCUAGGCCUCUCUCUCCUCUGCCUUCUUCUGGCGGCCCUCACCUUUGUCCUGUGUAAAGCCAUCCAAAACACCAGCACCUCAUUCCACCUGCAGCUCUCGCUCUGCCUCUUCCUAGCCCACCUUCUCUUCCUCAUCGGGAUUGACCGAACCGAGCCCCAGGUGCUGUGCACCAUCAUCGCUGGUGCCUUACACUACCUCUACCUGGCUGCCUUCGCCUGGAUGCUGCUGGAGGGCCUCCACCUUUUCCUCACUGCGAGAAACCUGACAGUGGUCAACUACUCCAGCAUGAGAAGACGCAUGAAGAAGCUCAUGUUCCCUGUGGGCUACGGAGUCCCAGCCUUGAUCGUGGCAAUUUCUGCAGCAUCCAGACCUCAUCUUUAUGGAACAUCUGCCCGCUGUUGGCUUCACCCAGGAAAGGGAUUUAUAUGGAGCUUCCUUGGACCAGUCUGCGCCAUCUUCUCUGUCAAUUUAGCUUUCUUUCUGAUGACCUUCUGGAUUUUGAAAAACAAACUCUCGUCCCUCAACAAUGAUGUGUCCACACUUCAGAACACAAGGAUGCUGACGUUUAAAGCGACAGCUCAGCUCUUCAUCCUGGGCUGCACCUGGUGUCUGGGCAUCCUGCAGGUGGGCCCAGCUGCCCAGGUCAUGGCCUAUCUCUUCACCAUCAUCAACAGCCUGCAGGGUGUCUUCAUCUUUCUGGUGUACUGCCUCCUCAGCCAGCAGGUCCAGGAGCAAUACAGGAAAUGGUUCAUAGGGAUUAGGAGAUUGAGAGAGGAGUCUGAGAUGUACACGCUGUCCAGCAGGGUCUUGCCUGAUGCCUCCAAACCCAACUUGGUUAAUUAGAAAGCUCUUCUGAACUACAUCUUUUGUCCCAUGGAAAAUUGGAAAUGCCAUUCUUUGAGCCAUGAAGUAGGAAAAAAACGACUUUGUUGUGUGUUUCUCCAAGAAAUUUAUCAUGUCAGCAACAUGAAGGAAGUCAUGGAGGACACGUCUGACACCCAAUUCCUGCAGAAUCUGGACUUUUCUGUGCCCUACACUGUGUUCAGCAAACUCUCAGCAUAUAGAGGGCAAGGUAUGGCUCAAUUCCGUGCUCACCUUGAGUUAAGCUCUAUUCUACAGCCCCUCCCCUUCCUACAAAGACUCUUCUAGAUGCUGAAAGUCUAUAAGCAGGAAAAGCAGCCUCAAAGAACUUUUAUACAAACAACACCCAAAAGGACUAGAAUGUUCACACCACUGUCUAGAUUUCUUCAUUUCUUUGUUCUCUGUUUCUAUUUUGUUUUCAGUCAUUCAAAAAUGUUAAUUACUUGCCAUCUUCAAGGCAGGAUUCAUUGUUCCUGCCUUCAUGGAGCUUUCAGGGGGAAAUAAAGUGAUACUUGCAUCUAGAGUUGAUUCAGGGGCCAAAAAAUUCCUUUAAAAGGAGUCCCUACAACUGGGCGAUUGAAGUAUAAACCAUUUCACCCGCACUAUCUUCUUUCAUCGUUACAUCAAGAUGCAGAAAUUUUCUAAACCCAGACCAGGAAUGUGCACCGAGCUUCAUCUCAAAGGAAUGACUUGCAGGACUCCUAAGUGUCCUGAUCAAAUGCCGUUUCCACUGCGCAUUACUGCUUUCCUGGAAGAGCAAUGCCAUACGACCAUGAAGCCUGGAAAAUGCACACAUAGGGUUAUGGACUGAAAGUCUAAAAAUUAAAAAACAAAAUUAUUAAAAUGAAGGGAAAUACAUGUGAUUUCAAGAAUUAUGACCUCCAGGUAAGGGACACCGUCUUAAUCAAUAGAACCAAAAAGAAAAGGCAAUGAAGUAAACCCCUGAAAUGUUUUCCUGCAACAAAUCUUAAAGCUUCGAAAUGGCAAACAACACAAAUUUUGAAGUCAAGAAAUGAAAAAUAUAUACAUUACAUGACAAAAGAUUAAUAUUAGGAGCAUAGAAUUAAUUUAAGGAGCCCUAGUAGCACAAUGAUUAAACACUCGGCUGCUAACCAAAAGGUCUACAGCUCGAACUCGCCAGCGGCUCCACGUGAGAAAAAGACUUGGUGAUCUUCUCCCAUAAAGAUAGCAGCGUAGGCAGGACACGCUAUGAGGCAGUUCUACUCUGUCCUGUAGGGUUGCUAUGAGUCGGAAUCAACUUGACACCACACAACAACACAGAAUUAUCUAAGAAAUUAGAAAUAAUUUCUAAAAAUUUAAAAAGCAACCAACAAAUUAGAAAAAUUUAGAAAAGAUAUAAAUAGGUUAUUCUUGGGAAACAAAAAGGCAAAUGGCCAAUAAACACAUAAGACAAUGCUUAUCCUCACUAGUAAUCAGGAAAAUCAAUAUCACUAGAACAAAAUUCUAUCAGAUUAGCAAAAACUGAGCAAUUGGACAAUAUUUAAAGUUGAUUUCACUGUAGAAAAUGGGUAUUCCCAUAUGGUGUUAAGACAUUGAUACAGCCACUUAAGACAGCAAUUUGAAAGUAUCUAUUAAAAUUUAACAUGCACAGAGCUUAUCACCCAGAGAUUACAGUGGUCUUUAUCUAUCCCAGAGAAAAACCCACAUGCUCACAGGAAGACGUGCACAAGAACACUUAUCACAGCAAUAUUUUCAAGAUUACAAAACACCUAAACAUCCACCAAUAUGGAAGAGCAAAAUAAAAUAUGGUAUUUAUAUGGAAUAUAGUAUUAUACAGUGAUGUGAAAAGUGUGAAGUAUAUCAAUCUGUACUUUUUUAUGGAUUUUUAUACUUAGAGACAGAAAAAUCUCCAAGACACAUUAUCAAGUGCAAAAAGCAAGCUCAAAUACCCUGUAGUAUGGUUCAAUUUAUGCUAAAGACAAAAACAAUUAUAAUACAUUAUACGUUUUAUGGGUUCUCAUCAAAAAGUUGGACAUAGAACUACCAUAUGACCCAGAAAUCCCAAUACUGGGUAUAUACCCAGAAGUGAAAGCAGGUAGGCAAACAGAAAUCUAUACACCAAUGUUCAUUACAGCACUUCUCACAAUA